ACGUACGUUGUCUCUACGGUGCUGUCUUGAGGAGGCUAAAAGUUAGCUAAUAGGUUCAGUUUGAGACGUUCAAGCUAAUUUAAACGUUUAAUUGCCUACGAGAUUAAUUGUUUUUUCUCAAACGGUACUAGUCAGGUAGAAAAGCCGCCCCUCUGUUUUUAUUUAGCCGCUGUUAGUCGUAGAAGAAUCGCCUUUAGCCGUUUGGGCUAGCAGGCUAACAGUGUCCACAAUGGAGGGCAGCGCCAGCGUGAGGAAAGCCUUGUCCGGGACUCUGGUCCCUGCAGCGGUCACAACAGUGGCUCUCCGACAGCAACCCGAGGAGAAUGAGAAGGGGGAUCUGAAGAGAAAAGUCCUCGAUGAAGAGCAGUACGUUGAGAGCUUAGAGAAGAUCAUCCAGAGGGACUUUUUCCCAGAUGUGACCAAAUUGCAAGCACAGAAAGACUAUCUCGACGCAGAGGAAAACGGAGACCUUGAGAGAAUGAGAGAGAUAUCCAUCCGAUAUGGGUCAUCGUUGACUAAAUCUACUCCACAGUCUUCAGCACCUUAUGUGACUCCAGCUAGUUUUGAGACGCCAGUGGGUCGCUCAGGAUCCCCCGCCUCCACUCACUGCGGUAAAGGUCUAGAUGGAGAGAGAAAGGAAGACGACAAGGAAGAGAAGAGGCUCCCCAGUCUGGACCAUUUCCUUGCUAAAAAUACCAGUGAGGAUAAUGCAUCCUUUGAGCAGAUAAUGGAUCUGGCAAAAGACAAGGAGAAACUGAAACAUGCCUGGUUAUAUGAGGCGGAGGCUGAGUUCAAACAGCGCCAUGAGGAGAACCUUGCCUUACCAUCAGUAGAGAAGGCUGCUCUCGAAUGUGUCAAAGCUGGACUGGAGACAUGGGAGUACAAAGCGAAGAACGCCUUGAUGUAUUAUCCAGAAGGAGUUAAAGACGACGAUGCUCUCUUUAAGAAGCCAAGGGAGGUCGUUCACAAGAACACCCGGUUUAUUGGAGACCCAUUCAGCAAAGCUCUGAACAAAAGCCAGAUUCAACAGGCAGCAGCUCUCAAUGCACAGUUCAAACAGGGUAAAGUAGGUCCUGAUGGGAAGGAGCUUAUCCCACAUGAAUCCCCAACAGUGAAUGGAUAUGGUUUCGAAAGAACUCCUUCCCCUGCACCUGGUGUAGCUGAUUCGCCGCUGAUGACGUGGGGUGAGAUCGAGAGCACCCCGUUUCGUCUGGAGGGAUCGGACACUCCGUACGUUGAGAGGAACCAUGGGCCAUCGUUUAAGAUCCCAGAACCAGGACGCCGAGAGAGGCUGGGUUUGAAGAUGGCCAACGAAGCCGCCGCGAAAAACCGUGCAAAGAAACAGGAGGCGUUACGAAAAGUCACAGAGAACCUUGCGAGUCUGACGCCUAAAGGUCUGAGCCCGGCCCUCACGCCCGCCCUUCAGAGGCUCGUAAAUCGAACAUCCAGCAAAUACACAGACAAAGCCCUGCGAGCGAGUUAUACCCCAUCGCCCUCACACAGAGUCACCGGGUGCAAGACUCCCUUCGGCGGCCCGUCGACCCCUUCGGGAACGCCGACGCCGAACAAAGCCAAAACGCCGAGCUCUCAGGACCUCACGUCACUCACGGACAAUCUGCUGCAGCUUCCCAAGAGACGGAAAGCCUCAGACUUUUUCUAAACAAGAGAAGCUACUCUCCUCUCUGCUGGGAUUGUACAAAGAAAUGACUUAUCCUCAUGUGGAGAACUUUAAUAGAACUGUCUGGACCCAUUUUUUUUAAUAGAUUUAAGAGCACAAUUUUUUUGCUGGAGGACUGAAUAAAGAAGUGGACUGAAGCAUUUCUGUGGAUCUAUGUGUUACAUUUUGGUGCAGUUGGGCUCAUUUAGAUCUCUGUGAAAUACAACUUGAUGCCCACAUUCUAUUGAACUGUGUUUUUUUGCUCUGUACUCAGUACAAGGUUUAAAAGAUUUUUGUGCUGCUGUUUCAACUCUUAACAAACUUUUGUUUUCGUUGCCACAUUGCCACCAACACAUGCUUUUAAUAUAAUUACCUUCCUGUGCUUGUUCUUGUGAAUCACACAUUCAAAUGAGAUUUCUACACCUCAUACAUGUCAACAUGACAUCUCA